AUGACGUUUACCGUGCCCUGCCUGCUCCUCAUUUCGGCUCUUGUCAACGCUGCACCCCAUCGUGACACCGAACCACUCGAACGUGACAACUUCUUGAUGGAGCGAAAUCGUAUGCAGGAACCGCUUGAUCGUGAAAUCUCUUUGGCGAAACUACUCGACGAGAAGACCUCGUUCAGUAGAGCUAGUCUUGAUUACUACCUCGACAUUCUCAACGACUACAAAGAUUACGUUCCGAAGGAGAUACAAACGAUCUUCGCAGGACUCUCGGAGAGAACAAAGAACGAAAUGGUGGCAGCUGUAAACGAAAUCGAAGACGGCAGACUUAAGAUACCAAACAACGUUCCACAAAUCGUUGCUUACGUCUCGAAACGAACACCGGAACUUGGAGAAAACAUCGACGAGGCCAUGGACAUGCUUAUGAGAAAUUUGAACAAACUGUCACCUACCGCCAAAAAAGGAUUCAAUAUGUGGUGGGGCCGUGUCUUCGAAGCCGUCUCUGCUCCACCAAACAUGAUCGCCAACCGUCUUGCCGAUCUCAUGGCUGACUUUUACGAGUCCUACUCCAGAUGUGAUCAGACGAUAAAGAACGAAGUGCGUAGCAUCUGGCCCGAGGCUUACAAUCUCCUUGAAAGUGAUUUCGCUAGAAACUUCGCCCGUGCUGCACGGAAAUUCGCCGAUGGUGGCCUAUCAAUGGACAUUCAUAUCCUCAGCGCUGACGCAGCUUAUCCACCGAAAGCGCCAAAAGUGAAGACUGAAAAUAUUGAGAGAGGAUACAGAGAACAGAGUGGUAGCAUGAACCGUGGACCCUUCGGACUGGGAUUCAACUUUUAG